GCAAGCCAAGUUAGAUCUGAGAGUUGCAGUAACGAAAGUGGAAGAGUUAACUAAAGUGACUGAAGGUCUUCAAGAACAGAUGCUGAAGAAGGAUGAAGAUAUUAUAUCUGCCCAGGGAAAAGAGGAAGCAUCAGAUAGACGAUUACAGCAGUUACAGUCAAGUAUAAAACAGUUAGAGUCAAGAUUGUGUAUAGCAAUUGAAGAAGCCAACGUACUGAGAACAGGGAAAAUACAUUUGGAAAAGCAAAUCAAAGAGCUGCAAGCAAAGUGCAAUGAAUCAGAAAAUGAGAAAUAUGAGGCUAUUUCAAGAGCCAGAGAUAGCAUGCAACUCUUAGAAGAGGCUAACCUUAAAAAGAAUCAGAUUCUGCUUGAAGAGAAGCAAAAAGAAGAUGACAGAGAGAAAAUGAAGAAAACAAUGUCCCAGCUUAUUCAGGAUGCCGCCAUAAAAGCAAGAAAAGAAGUUGAAAGCACAAAAAAACAGUAUGAAAUACUGAUUUCACAAUUAAGGGAAGAACUUUCAGCCCUUCAGAUGGACUGUGAUGAAAAGCAAGGUCAAAUCGAUCGAGCCAUCAGAGGGAAAAGAGCAGUGGAAGAAGAACUUGAGAAGAUUUACCGUGAAGGCAAGCAGGAUGAAGGUGAUUACAGAAAACUGGAAGAAAUGCACCAAAGAUGUCUUGCUGCAGAGCGUACAAAAGAUGAUCUUCAGCUAAGACUAAAGAGUGCAGAAAAUAGAAUAAAACAACUUGAAAUUAAUUCUUCAGAAGAGAUAUCACGUUCUCAUGAAAUGAUCCAAAAACUUCAAACUGUACUGGAGUCUGAAAGGGAAAACUGUGGCUUUGUCAGUGAGCAAAGGCUGAAACUUCAGGAAGAAAAUGAACAACUACAGAAAGAGACUGAGGAUUUAAGAAAAAUUGCUCUGGAGGCCCAAAAAAAAGCAAAAUUAAAGGUCAGUACAAUGGAGCAUCAGUUCUCAAUAAAGGAACAUGGGUUUGAAGUUCAGUUGAGAGAGAUGGAGGACAGUAAUCGGAAUUCCAUUGUUGAACUGAGGCAUCUAUUGGCAGCUCAACAAAAGGCAGCCAAUAGGUGGAAAGAAGAAACAAAGAAACUUACUGAAUGUGCAGAAAUGAGGAUCAACAGUCUAAAGAGUGAGCUGAAUCGACAGAAAUUUCAUACACAAGAGCUACUUUCUCAGCUGGAAAUGGCAAAUGAAAAGGUAGUUGAGAAUGAAAAGUUAAUUCUGGAACAUCAAGAAAAGGCAAACAGACUUCAAAGACGUCUAAGUCAGGCAGAAGAGAGAGCUGCUUCAGCAUCCCAGCAGCUCAGUGUGAUUACAGUGCAGAGAAGAAAAGCAGCCUCCAUGAUGAAUCUGGAAAAUAUUUAAACAUAAUCAUAGUUCACUGACAGAACUGUAGAGUUGGGAAAGCUGUUGUACCAAAGUGCAUUGACAUGGAGAAGCCUGCAGAGAAUGGUGAAAGCUUGUGUCAUUUUCCAUAAGCAUUUUCCAUUCUGUUUUGAGGGUUAUUGGAAAACAGAACAGUGACAGCUUCCUGUAAGUAAAAAAAUAUAUAUAUAAUCUUAUACUUGAGAUUCAGUGGAGAAUAAAGCCAGCUGAGAAGAACACAC